AUGGAUCCGACGACCUCCUCAUCCACACACUCUCGCAGCCGUUCCAAGUCCAUUCUUCCGACCUCAUCAUCAAAUGCUGACCGCCAGGGGUACAUCGACUAUGUGAUAGGAAUCGCUCUGCUGCUCGUUGUCGUCUUCCUUUGGACGUCUUCGAGCUUUAUAACUCAGGCUAUAUUUGAAGGCGGAUAUGAAAAGGCAUUUCUGGUAACCUAUCUAAAUACCAGCACAUUCGCGUUGUACAUUAUACCUCAUCUCGUCAAGCGGGGUGUCCGCCAUUACACCCACCGACCCCCCCAUGGUUCAAAUGAUGAGUACGAACCGUUAAGGACCGAAGUGGAGGCAUUAUCUCCAGAGGAGUUCAAUACGCGAAUACCCCAUCUAUCCGAUCCAGAAGCUUUACCACCCCUGACCACCAAAGAGACUGCGAGGCUGGCUGCUAUCUUUUGUUUUUUUUGGUUCGUGGCAAACUGGUCAAUAAAUAUUGCUGUGGAUUAUACCAGCGUAGCCAGUGCUACGGUGCUUGCCAGCAUGAGUGGAUUCUUCACCAUGAUUAUCGGCAGAUUGUUCAGAGUUGAAGUUUUGACGUUGAUGAAGGUUGGUGCGGUUCUAAUAAGCAUUGGAGGGACUAUACUGGUUGCGCUUUCUGACAAUAAGGAUUUGAAGCUUCCCUACCCAACUGCGUUAAUGAAGUCUGUUGAUGAACGUCCGCGACCCUUGCUGCUGGGAGAUGCAUUGGCGUUGACAUCUGCCUUGUUUUACGCGAUUUACACAAUAACGCUGAAAGUGGGGAUCAAGUCGGAGUCGCGUAUCGAUAUGAAAUUAUUCUUUGGAUUUGUUGGCAUUUUCAACAUCAUAACCCUGUGGCCGCUGGCUAUUCUCCUGCACGUAACCGGGAUGGAAAAGUUCGAGCUCCCAUCGAACCGUAAAGAGAUAGGAGGUCUUUUGAUCAAUAUGGCGAUAACAUGGUCGAGCGACUACCUUUACGUAUUUGCUAUGUUAAAGACCUCUCCGUUGGUUGUUACCGUCGGAUUUAGUCUUACCAUGCCACUUGCUGUCGUUGGGGAUUUCUUCUUAGGGAGGCCUGUGCCAUUACCAGUUAUAGCCGGUGCAUUGCUCGUUCUGGCGAGCGUUGUUUUGGUAGGAGUGGAAGAUGCCCGUAUGUUGAGGAAACUAGGGAAAGAGGCAGAAGAACGGACUGCCUUGGAUGAUGGUCUAACGGGGGACGUCGAGCUGGAUACGCCUGUAGAUCAUCAUUAG